AUGUUGGAUAGAUCUGCAAGGAUAGCUGAUGCAAACCWUAAAGAAUUGAAAACCGCUUUGAAAGGUUACUGGAAUUAUCUGAAAUAUGAAGUCAUCCCUGCAAAACACGAAGAACAACAAACCAGCAAUGAACAAAAGGCUGUUCAACUUGAACAAGCCAACCACAGUAACAUUGCUGAUAAUAAGGCCACUACAUCAUCUCCCAAACCCCGAAGAAUACUAACAGCCAAAAGAGCUUCAGCGUCAAGGAAACGAAACUUUGCUCAGUACUCCCAAGGAAGAUUACUCGGCACUGGCUCAUUUGGUGAAGUCUACGCUGGAGUUCGACUGAGAGAUCAAUUACCGGUGGCCAUCAAAUACAUUCCUGAGGAAACAUGCCGCAUUGUUAAACAGAACUAUGUCCUUGUCUUCGAGCGGCCUCGUGUUUGUGUCGAUUUGUUCGAUUAUCUGGAAAACUACGAGAACAACGCCAUUAAUGAGCAAGACGGAAAGAGCAUUUUCCGUGAAAUAUUGAACGCGGUGGUUUACCUCGAGGAACAAGAGAUCCUGCAUAACGACAUCAAAACMGAGAAUGUCAUCAUGGACCUCAGUAAUGGCGGGAUGAAAGCUAAACUCACUGACUUUGGAUUGUCAUGGCAUUUGACAAACCAACCAAUUACCACAUUUACUGGAACAGUUGAAUUUAACCCCCCUGAAUACCAUACUACCAGGCAGUACGAUGGUCGCCAGGCCACCGUGUGGUCACUCGGUUGUUUCUUAUUCGAUAUGCUGACUGGAAAUCCUCCYUUCAAAAGUGCAAAACAAGCAGCGACUCAACCUCUUAGAAUUCCAAAUCACUUUUCUCAAGAAUCUCAGUAA